CAGUAGCACUCGCAGCCUUCACGCAGCUCGCCCUCGAGGAACACAUGGGCCACUUCGCCUUCGGCUGGCAGGGCAUGGAACCCGCCCCCGCCGCCUCCCUGUCCGCCGCGGCCGCCGCGACGAACGGCGCCGACGCGGCGUACUGCGUCCACCCGGCCACGUACGCGCCCGCUGCACUGGCCACGGUCCCGCCGGCUGUUGCGGAGGCCGCGGCGAGGAGGGAGCAGGAGGCGGAGAAGGCUGCGGUCUAUCUCAUCUGGCGCCUCGUCAAUUGCUCCGAAGACGUCCAGGCGGGCGACUACGCGGCCGCGGCCGCGAAGCUCGCCGAUGCGCGCAUGAUGCUCGCGACUAGUGUCUCCACGGGCACCGGGAUCGGCCGCAUCGCCAGCCACUUCGCCGCCGCGCUGACCCAGCGCCUCUUCCCGGCGUCCCCGCACUCCUGCUUCGCGUUGGACGCCUCGCCGGAGCGCGCCGGCGAGCUCUACCGCCAGUUCUACGACGCGGCGCCCUACCUCAAGUUCGCGCACUUCACGGCCAACCAGGCCAUCCUCGAGGCGUUUGAUGGCUGCGACCGCGUCCACGUCGUGGAUCUCGCCAUCAUGCAGGGCGUGCAGUGGCCCGCCCUCAUCCAGGCCCUCUCCAUCCGCCCCGGCGGCCCUCCGUCCGUCCGCAUCACCGGCGUCGGCUCCGCGCCUGCCGCCGACGAAGUCGGCCUCCGCCUCGCCGAGCUCGCCCGCGCCGUGAACGUGCCCUUCUCCUUCCAAAGGGUCCCCGACGACAGCCUGGACACGCUCCAGCCGUGGAUGUUCCAGGUCCUCCCCGGAGAGGCGGUGGCCGUGAACUCCAUCUGCCAGCUCCACCGCCUCCUGGUGGACCCGGACGCCGCGUCCACGUCCCUGCCCUCGCCCAUCGACGUCGUGCUCGGCUGGAUCGCCGCCAUGCGUCCCAGGGUGUUCACGGUGGUGGAGCAGGAGGCGGACCACAACAAGUCGAGGCUGGCGCCGCGUUUCAGCAACGCCAUGUUCUACUACGGCUCCGUGCUCGACUCCAUGGAGGCGUCCAUGUCCUUCAGCCGCGGCGGCGCCAUCGGCAACGGGUCCGGCGCCGACGCGUACCUGCAGAGGGAGAUCUUCAACAUCGUGUGCUGCGAGGGCAGCGCCCGCACGGAGCGCCACGAGCCGCUCGCAUACUGGUGCGCCCGGCUCUGGCGCACGGGCCUCGCCCACGUGCCGCUGGGCCCCACCGCGGCCAAUCAGGCGGCCAAGCUCGUCCGCGUCUACUCCGGCGACGGGUUCCGCGUCCAGGAGAUCGGCGGCUGCCUCUCGCUCGCGUGGCACGGGCGCCCCCUGUUCACGGCGUCCGUGUGGAGCGCAAUGCCCGCCGCCGACGGCGCCGGCACCUCCGAGUCCGAGCAGCACGGUGACAAGCACAAGCUGAAGAUGGGCAUCGGCGAGAGCAGCGGCGGCCGUCUGCCGGGCGCCGCCGGGGCGCAGUGAUGAAAGAGCUAGAGCGACGGGGCGGUUUGAAUAAUUGUUAGAGUUGGAGUGUCAGUUGGUUAGUCGGAGCUUAUGCUGCAGUCGUGUGAGUCGAGUCGGUCGUCAGUCAUCAGUCAGCGUGUCAUAUGAUAUCCACUCUCAGUCUCAGAUGGAUAUCGGUCUAGUUCGUCUUGGUUCAAUAAAGUGUCGCUCUCAAACUUGUCAGUCAGUCAGCCUGAGAGAAUAGAUAGUGUCGUCAUUCCUUCCUUCCUGGUUGUUAAUUUAUGUGUCAAACAGUUGUUGUAUCAGUUGCAAGUCAUUGUUGCUACUAGUACUAGUAGUUCAUCUUGAAGAUA